GAGUAUGCACAAACUAAACAAUUAUGAAUUCAAUAUUAACUUAUCCCAAUCUCUAAUUUUAUUUUACCAUAUAUAAAGAUUAAAGGACUGCAAAGACAAAUAGAUAUGAUAUCUCAACGUAAGGAGUUAAAAGACCACAGGUGGCCAGACCUCCAAGUUGCUUCUUGGCCGCUCAGAGAAAUAGACAUGGGAUAUGCAAAGCAGACAGAUAGCUCUUCAUGUGGCCUCUUUCUUUUGAACUAUAUCGAAUACUGGACAGGGGAUGAACUGUCUGACAGUUUUACCCAGGAUGACAUGUCACACUUUAGGAAAAAAAUGGCUGCUAUAUUACUAUCUUCAGACCUGAAUAAGAGAAGGGGGUGUCUGUUAUACAAAAAUGAAAAAGAAGUUGACUCUGGAAGCCCAUCUGAUGUUGAGAUAUUAGAAAACCCAACAGAUUCUAAUAAGAGGAAACUACUCCACGUGCUUGAUGAUAGCGAAGUAGUGUUUGAAGAUGAGGAAGGCCCUAUUACUCAAGCAGACUUGCAAAGGUGGUUUGUUGAUGAUUGGGAUAAAAGAGCUCCUAUAAAAGUCUCUAACGAUUGUUGCACCAAUGACUUUUUAAUGGUUGGUCUUUCCACAAAGGACAUGCCAGUGACCAAAGCCGAUUCAAUAGAUGUUUUAUGUGAUUAUAUCAUGGCAAUAGAAGACGAUACGACACUAGAGAGAACAUGGGUGCGAAGUUUCAAUCCUUUUAAGAUAGAAAUAUCUGUCAAAGACCUGCAAAACAUAUUAACGACAACUCAAGAUAUGAUUCUAAGAUGUUUUGAUAUGGCUGUUCGGCUGCUUGCCAAUAAAGAGUCACGUAAACCGAAAGAAGAAAUCAUAAAUAAUAGAAAGCAUUAUAUGGACAUGCGUUUUUGGAGAAUGGUUGGUUUUGGUAAACUUCCAAAGUACCAUCAGGAUCCUACAACAGAAGAGUUGGCCAAAACACUAGAUUGUUGGCCAUCAAUGAAUUAUUAUAUCACGGGUUGUAGAUAUGUUCUCAUGCCAUGGAAAUUCAAUGGAUGUCACGGUUUAAUACCAGCUACCUCGUUCUACAAGCUAUAG